AAUUCCAACUGUCUACUCGCAGCAGUCAAAUGGAUCCUUCCACGGUUCCACCGCACACCCUCAUGCUUUUCUCCUUCUCUUUCUUCUUGGGGUACCCUUUUCAGCCCCACAUAUAUACUUUAGAUGCACUCACGAACCCACCAUACUAAUCCCCUACCAUUUCAUGUAUUUGGUCUCGAACUGUUAUAUUAUAAGAGUUCCUUCCACUUUUGAGUGUGUAAUGAAAUUUGAAGACCUACUAAUGCAACGAGGAGAGGAGAAGCAGAAACGACUCGACCUCGAGGAAGAGGUCAUGAAACUACAAGGAGAGCUAAAUGGGGAACAGGCACUCAACAGGGUUUUGCGCUUUGCACUUGAGGGACCAGUUUCCUCCCACCCAAGUCUUUCCUCAUUGCUUCCACCUCAGGUAAGUUAGGCCUGCAUGUGCUUAGAGAGCAAUGUUAAUGUACAAUGCAGGUUCAAGUGCUUCUGGAAGAACUAGCAGUGGUUCAGGAAGAGAUAAUAUGGUUGGAGAGAAAAAUUGAGGAACUAAAACUAAGGUUGUACCAGGAAAGGGAACAGAACAGAGGAAGAGAAAUCAAGCAUUUAAGAUAUCUACCACAGGAGAGGGAACAGAACAGAGGAAGAGAAAUCGAGCAUAUAAGAGAUCUACCAAAAGACGGUCACUUACUAUGUGGACCAGAGAACCGGGUUGUACUUAAUGAUCAGCGAUCCAAAUCACAAAAUUAUGAUGAAUUCAGGAAAGAAAGAAUCACAAAGGAAAGAAGACCAUCAUUGGGUUCUGUAUCAGAAAUCCUAAGCAUGUCUUCUACAAGAUCCCACGAAGAAUAUCAUAUGUCAAGGAGGCAUACCAAUAGAUUGAGCCAAAACCAAUGCCAUAUCAAUAAAGAAACUGGCUUUGAGAAACCAAAUGAAUUGUCAGAGAAACUAAUGAAGUGCCUAAUCGGCAUAUUUCUCGAGCUAAACCAGACAUCCGUGGACAGAGAAGGAUCCGUUAUAGUUCCAAAGCUCUCUCUACCCUGCAUGAAAUCAAAAGGCUUCAUGGCAAAGACCACUUUCAACUGCAGAACACCCACACUCCUAUUUGCUGGCAAUGCCUCAAAUCUUGAUCCUUACGGCGUAUUGUCAGAUUUCGACGGCACUGUAAGGGAUGUUGGGCAAUACAAGAACUUCAUCCAAAUCACGAGAAGCUCGUUAGACAUCAGCCGAUUAUCAGAGUGCUUACCCACAAUGAGGAGACUGAGGUUUUUGAUGCACAAGCUAUCUUAUGUAGACUUGUCUUUCUUGACCUACAAACAGAAGUUAGCAUUCUGGAUAAAUGUCUACAAUGCCUGCAUAAUGCAUGCAUUUCUAGAUCAUGGGCUACCUUCGACACAGGCAAAAUUGCUGGCGAUUAUGAAUAAGGCCGUUGUGAAUGUGGGUGGAAUAGUACUGAAUGUUUUGGCUAUCGAGCAUUUUAUUCUCCGACAUCCAUGGGAACCAAAUCAAGGCCAUCCGGACGAGAAAGAAACACUACUACGCCAUGCUUAUGGUCUGGGCUAUCCAGAACCCAAUGUAACAUUUGCCCUGUGCCGAGGCAGUUGGUCUUCACCAGCCAUAAGAGUAUACACCCCAAAUGAAGUGGUGAAUGAAUUGGGGAGGGCAAAAGUGGAGUAUUUGGAAGCUUCAGUGGGAGUGACGAGCAAGAGAAAGAUUGUAGUGCCCAAGCUUUUGCAAUGGCAUAUGAGAGAUUUCGCAGAUGACAUGGAAUCACUACUAGAAUGGAUUUACAGCCAAUUGCCUCGUUCUGGGUCCUUAAAGAGAUUGAUGAUGGAGUGCCUAAAUGGGGAAACAAGAUCUCCUAUAUCCAGAAUGGUUGAGAUCCAGCCUUAUGAAUCUGAGUUCCGCUACCUAUUGCCUUCAUAAGUGGAAAAGAAGAAGAGCAAGGAAUUCCAUGUAGCUGCCGAUUUCCAAGGAACUGCAAAUCAAAGAAGCAUAGCAAUGUCCUGUACAGCAUGCUAAUAUUAUGAAAAUAAUUUUAUUGUAAUUGUUCUAGUGGUAACUUUACCGAGAUCGAAUUCCAGAACUAUCUACGCUCUACAAUUGCUUCAUAAACACAAAAUAAUCACAUUCCAGGCUUCCACACAAACUGUUUCAUUCAAAAUGUUUCAAUGAAGGAAUGUAGAUUGUAGUCUCAGGAGAAAUUACAAAAAACAAGGUUUACAUCCAAACUA